AUGACUAAAGGGUUGGUGAGAAUAAGAUUAGCUAGGUUUGGUAGAAAGCAUUCUCCAAUUUACAACAUUGUUGUAGCAAACUCGCAUAAAGCCACUCAUAGAAAACCAAUAGAAGUGAUCGGAACUUAUAAUCCAAUUCCUAAACCGUUAACAAAGAAGGAAAUUAGAGAAGGUGUGAUGCCUGUGAAGGAUAUUGAAUUGGAUUUUCAGAGAACUAAGUAUUGGAUUGGUGUCGGGGCACAGCCUAGUGAAACCGUAACAAGAUUGUUGAAGAAAUGCGGAGUCUUGAGUCCUGAAUGGGGAAAGCAAUAUGGUUCAAGCAGAGAGGUGGUUGCAGCUAGACAGGAAGUUAUUGAAUGA